AUGGCUGUGGCUUUCGACGGUGGUGUGGUAAUUGGCGCAGAUUCACGAACGACCAUGGGGCCGUACAUUGCUAAUCGUGUCACGGACAAGCUGACGCAUCUAUCUGACCGGAUCUACUGCUGUCGAUCUGGUUCAGCGGCUGAUACACAAGCACUUGCUGAUGUCGUAACAUACCACUUGCAACUGUACAGCGUGAUGCAAGAACAACAGCCACCGACCGCCGUUGCUGCGAAUCUUUUUCAAGAGCUCAUAUACCAGAAUAAGGACCGUCUUACUGCCGGCAUCAUAGUCGCUGGAUGGGACAAAUUCCAUGGCGGUCGUGUGUUCAACGUGCCUCUUGGUGGUGGUGUCUUUGAGCAGCCCUGGGCUAUUGGUGGUUCAGGCUCGGCAUAUAUCUAUGGAUACUGCGACUCGACAUGGCGCGAAGGUUGGAACCAAGAGCAAACCCUCGAGUUUGUAAGAAAUGGUAUGUACGAAUGA